AUGUUUGUCAUUGUUAUUUUCUAUUUUUUCAUUGUUUCUAUACGUGGUGAUUUUACUAUUGUUCGUCGAAUUCCAAACACAACUAUUUCAUCAACUACAAAUCAAUUCACUAUUGAAAUUAAUCAAGCGGUCAAUCGACCUCAAUUCCAAUCGUUUAUUCAUUUCUAUAAUGCAACAACCAAUAUGUCAAUUGAUCAAAUCGAUGUGUAUUUAAAUACAAGUAAUGUAAACUAUUCUACUAAUACACUUAUAUUUUAUUUGCCGGAUUCUAUUAAAUUAAAUAUCAGUGGUGAAUUUUAUAUAACAUUUGAUCAAGGUGUCUUGUUUUCGAACGCUACAUUGAAUUCCACUGCUCAAAAUGACUCGAGUUUUUGGCAUUUAGUAGUUGUGAAUUCUGAAACAAGUACUACUCCACUAGAAUAUACAUCAAUGGGAACUACUUAUAACCUAACGACUGGUUCCUCGAUGAGCUAUAGUGAUACUAGUACAGGUAUUAUGACAACAAUAAUAACUACAUAUGAUUCAAUUAAUCAAACAACAACAACAAGUUUAAAUAUUACAACUAUUAGUGAAUCACCACCAACUCGUUCGGCACAAUUGGGUAUGGGUAUAGGUAUAACAUUUAUUACAAUAAUAAUCAUCGGUGAAAUAUUAUAUUUUAAAUAUUGUCAUGAUGGUAAUGGACGAAGUGGGAGUUAUUUUACAUAA